UAAACUGCAGCGCGGCCGGGGAGCGGCCUCUUUUCGGCUAAGGCUAAAGAAGUGAUUUAGAAGGGAGCCUCGGGCUUGAUUCAAGCAGAGAGAAGGCGUGCGAGAGGAGGAGGUUGGGAAGCAGGAUCUUGGUCCGCCCCUUCCUCUCCUUUCCCGGUUGAAUUCAGGACCUUCCAUGAUGCACCCAUUUGGACAGAACAUACCUGAACUCCAAGGCUUUUGAGGAUCAGAAGCAUAAUCUGCCCCCAGUGGCCUGUCUGCAGUGAGAAAAAGAAGUAGAACCAACAAAAGGGGUAAAGAGACUACGCAAGGUCAAAACCAAUUGGAAGCAAGCAGUCCAAAUCUGUUAGUCCUCAUUCCUCUGUAGGCAGAUUCAAAUUUUUGUAAAACUCAAAGCCAAUCACUAAUCAGAAGGACUAUUCCAAAGCCUUGUGGGAAGGAGUUCUGAUGGCCCUCUGACCUUGCCCGACACCUGCAUUUUAGGAAUACAGCAGCUAACAGUUCCCAGUUGGUGAUGAAUCAACAUUCCCAGUCCAAGAAGUCCUUCAGCUGUGAGAAUUGCGGGAAGAGCUUCCGGUGGCCUUCCGACCUUGCUAGACAUGAACUCGCUUGCCGUAGGAGAUUAAGAACAGACAAGAGCAUCCAAUCCCAGAAGUCCUACGUCUGUGAGACAUGUGGGGAGAACAUCCAGUCAUCUACUAACCUUGCUCAUCAUAAAUGCUCUCGCAGUGGAGGAAAGAUAAAGACUGACCAGAACGCUCCCUCCAAGGCAUCCUACAUCUGUGGCCUAUGUGGGAAGAACUUCCGUUGGCCUUCAGACCUUGCUAGACAUAAACCCCCUUGUCUUAGGAGAAUGUUAAGGACAAGCAAGAAGUCCUAUGCCUGUGAGAAGUGUGGGAAAAACUUCCAGUCAUCUACUGACCUUGCCCGUCAUAAAUGCUCUUGCUGUGGGGAAAAGGUUAAGACUGACCAGAACAGCCCCUCCAAGGCAUCCUACAUCUGUAGUCUAUGUGGGAGGAACUUCCGUUGGCCUUCAGACCUUGCUAGACAUGAACUCACUUGCCGCAGGAGAACACUAAGGACAGGCAAGAGCACUCAGUCCCAGAAGUCCUACACUUGUGAGACGUCUGGGGAAAACGUCCAGUCAGUUACUAAACUUGCUCAUCAUAAACACUCUUGCUGUGGAGAAAAGGUUAAGACUGACCAGAACAGCCCCUCCAAGGCAUCCUGCAUUUGUGGUCUAUGUGGAAAGAAAUUCCGGUGGCCUUCAGACCUUGCUAGACAUGAGCUCAUUUGCCAUAGGAGAAUGUUACGGGCAAGCAAGAGCACCCAGUCCCAGAAGUCCUACGCUUGUGACAAGUGUGGGGAAAACUUCCAGUCAAUUACUAAACUUGCUCAUCAUAAACACUCUUGCUGUGGAGAAAAGGUUAAGACUGACCAGAACAGCCCCUCCAAGGCAUCCUGCAUUUGUGGUCUAUGUGGAAGGAAAUUCCGGUGGCCUUCCGACCUUGCUAGACAUGAGCUCAUUUGCCAUAGGAGAAUGUUACGGGCAAGCAAGAGCACCCAGUCCCAGAAGUCCUACGCUUGUGACAAGUGUGGGGAAAACGUCCAGUCAAUUACUAAACUUGCUCAUCAUAAACACUCUCGCUGUGGAGAAAAGGUAAAGACUGACCAGAACAGCCCCUCCAAUGCAUCCUACACCUGUCGUCUAUGUGGGAAGAAUUUCCGGUGGCCUUCCGACCUUACUCGACAUGUGAACACUCACUCUGGAAAGGCGUUAACAGAGCAGAACACAGCCUCCAAGGAGCUUGACAUUUGUGAUCACACUGGGGAAGGCUAUGACAGUCUUGCCCAACAUAAACUCAGUCACCCUAGGGGGGAACAACAGAUUGAAGCACCCGGGCACAACAGCCAGACAACAGAACAGAGCAUCAGUAUCCAUAAGCCAUUUCUUUGUGACCAGUGUGGGCAAGGCUUUCCGUGGCUUUCUGACCUCAUUCAACAUUUGAUUGUUCAUCCUGGAGAGCAACUUUAUGGCUGUGACAUUUCCAACUUGCAACCGAUAAAGAACAAUGAAUCAUAUCAGGAAAACAAUAAGGAGGAAGGCCAGAGUAAUUGUGAGGAAGAUGUCCCUGUGGAGAACAUCUCUGGAGAGUAUCUGCAACGCCUUUCCCCCCUGGGUUCUGGGGAACCUUGCAAACCUUUUGCCUGUCAGAAAGCCUGUGAGUGUGGCAAGUGCCAUUUUAGAGCACACAGUGACCCUGAAGUGCUUCCACCAAACAUUGUGUGGGAAAUUGGGGUUGAGGGCUUGCCUCAUCCCCUGUUCCAAAUGCAGCCUUCUGAGAGUGGGUACUGUGGGACUGAUGAUGACAACGUCAACCCACAGCCCACCGAGCUGUCUCCCUUCUGUGUUGACAUCAAACCCAGCACUGAGUUGACCCCCAUUUUGAGUUCCCGUGAGGCAGUCUCUGUGGAGUGCACUGUCCCAAGCACCUCAAGGGGACUACAGAGGAAGGCUUUGACUGAAAGCAUCACCAGUUCUACUGGGCAACCACAAGCUGUGGCCAGUCAACACCCUAAGGUGCCCCGAUUCCUGAGCACUCCAAGCCUGUUGAUGGAGGGAGCUUCCUCACUAGUGGAAGGGGACAAGCCUUAUGUUUGUCCCAAGUGCCCAAAGCAGUUCAGCUUGACUUCAUACCUGUCAAAGCACCUGCUCACCCACCGGGCGGGGAAGCCAUAUAAAUGUUCCACCUGCGGUAAGUUCUUUGCCCAGCGUUCGUAUCUGACCAGGCACCAGGAGGUGCACACAGCGAGCUUGGAGCAUGAAUGCCUCGUUUGCGGAAGCUUCUUCACACGGUCUUCGUAUCUCAAGAAACACAUGCGCAGGCACAGAAGGUCACAGCCCAAAUCUUAGGUGGCAGGCGAUCGUUAAAGGGCAGCAAAUUGACAGUUAAUUAGUACAGCUUUACAGCUGUGGCAGGCCCCCUUUUGGAUGCACCAGAACAUUUCAGGCCUCAUCUUCUCCUCCUCGUCCUUCUAAGUAUGUGCAUUGUCUUUUUUGUGUGUGCAGUGUGCUAACGCUCUCCCUUCGCUGUUGGUGCAUUGUGAUUGGCUGAGUGGGUCGAAAACACACAUGUCCUGAGCUUGAUUGGGUCAGCUGAGGGUCAAUAGAUAUAUCCUUGUUUUCAUGGCCCUGAAGCUCCCCUGAGGGACAUUAGAGAAACCUCAGACUCAUGCCCAGUAUGUUGGGGUCCUUUACUCUGCCUCCGUCAAACUAGGGAUGAGAUGGAACACAGGCAAGCAAGCAGCCACUUUGAGGACUGCUUAAGUUAAUUGACUUCAGAUUAAUUGCAUGCCACGAAAAACCAAGGAUGCCUUUGUGAGGAUUCUGAAGGCAGGAGAAAAGCUUAUUUAUUUUAGGUGUGAGAUAAUUUGACAGUGUAAAGCAGGGCUCAGCAACCUUUUUCAGCCGUGGGCCGGUCCCUCAGACCAUGUGGUGGGCCAGACUAUAUUUUGAAGAAAAAAAUGAAUGAAUUCCUAUGCCCCACAAAUAACCCAGAGAUGCAUUUUAAAUAAAAGCACACAUUCUACUCAGGUAAAAACAUACUGAGGUAAAAACACUCAAUCCGUGGGCUGGAUUGAGAAGGCGAUUGGGCCGCAUCCAGCCCAUGGGCCUUAGGUUGCUUACCCCGGUGUAAAGACUUAUUACGGACUGUCAGAAGGAAAGACCAAGUUGAUUAGCGCCCUCUCCAUUCCAUUUUGGUAUGGGGAAUGUUCAUCAAUACAAAAGAAGUGUCAUUAUUUUAAAAAGUAUCAUCUCUGGUACUCUAGUUUCAGCAAGUUGUCUCCUUCUCUUCAUAACCUGGUCCUCAAAACUACAGGGUCAAGAAGGUGAUGUCAUCACUGGCAUCAUCGACAAGUCAUAAUUGUCACCUUAAAAUAUAUGCUUCAGCCUUCUGGUUUGCUGAAACAGAGCAGCCCUUCCCCUCCCAGGCAAUACAUAAACAGAACAUACAGGGCCUCGACCAUCUGCAAGCCCAGUUGUUGGAAACAUGUCAGAGCUGGAAAAAACUUUCCGCAAAUUUGCCGUGUACGGGGAAACGAGCAGCAGCGGCAAUGAAAUAACGGGCAAGAACUUCUCCAAGAUGUUGAAGGAAUGUGAUGUGAUGGAUGGGAAGUUUGUGACCAGCACUGACGUGGACAUUGUCUUCAACAAAGUCAAGACCAAAGGGGCCCGCAACAUGAACUACAUCGAGUUCCAGCAAGCCGUUAAGGAACUGAGCAGAAAGCGCUUCCAGGCAAAGUCCCCAGAGGAGGCUUUAUUGGCCACAUACCAGCUGAUGGAGGGCAAAGAACCAGCCAGCACGGGAACAAAAUCAACCGCGGCUAGUGUUGUGGAGAGGCUGACAGACACCAGCAAAUACACAGGCUCCCACAAGGAACGGUUCGAUGCAACUGGCAAGGGCAAAGGGCUGGCUGGACGUACGGACCCGGUUGAAAGCCACACCGGCUAUGUCUCUGCCUACAAGGGGGCUGGAACCUACGACAAGUACCACUAGAUGUGGGGCACAGCCUCCUGAAAACCCUGCCUGUUCCCACUGCCUUGGGAGGGGAAGGCAAUAAACAUCUGCUCUGAUA